AUGAAUUUUGGCAACAAUGGCAACCAAUCCAAGAGGGCAUGCAAUAACAAGCAGUGGACUCCACCUGAUUCUACCUCUGCGUCUGAAUCUCCUUCUCGUCUGCGGUCGCGUUCCGUCAACGAAACCGGCCCAGAGGACCAACAGAUGCCGGGCCUCCAAACUCGACCAGCCUCUGCACACCAACAAGAUUCUUUAACUUAUGACACACCCUUUGAUCUAGAUACAUGCAUGUUCAUGAAUCUCGAGGGACCGGAAUUCUUUAACCUCGGCGACAACCUCACCCCAGACAAAACAUCCUAUCUCGUGGACACCACCGCAGGCAGUCAAUUUCUGUCAUCGUCGCAUCUUUCCACAAGUGAUGCAAAUUUUCUGACCGACCCGGCUCACCCCUCCGAUGGAACAACUAUGCCGCCCAGGCCUGCUCCCACCCGUAGCCUGUCCGAUGGAGCUGCGUUCCCAGACAAGUCAGGAAUAGGGGAACGGCUUAAUUCAGGAAUGCAACUGCCUGUCCAACCUCGUCGAGCUGUUAGAGAAACUUGGGGUACAACAAGUUGA